UAUUGGAACAUGGAUGGAGACUGAUUCCUGUUAGGUUCGAAACCCUAUUUAUAGUUUAUUAGCUAGUUUUGAGAAAUGUAUUUCAUAACUUCCUACAGGAUUGAUCUUCGUGUUCUUUUAUUUAUAAAAGUCUUUUGUUGAAAACAACUGUAUUUGUUGUUACUGAUCCUGUAGAAUGAUGAUCAAGGGAGUGUGGUCUGUUCUCAAGCAUUCAAGACUUGCCUCAUUCAGAAGAUUAAGUACAAUAACUGAGUACAGCCCACUAGGGACAGGCCUAGGACCAAAACCGAUUGUCAAGACUCUACUAGAUAAAACAUCAAAUCCAUUGUUAAAUAUUUAUCCUGAAGUUGCAGAUGCAGUUGCAUUGAAGAAGCCAGUUGUAGCUCUGGAAUCUACAAUCAUUACACAUGGUUUUGCAUAUCCACAGAACCUAAGUAUCGCUAAAGAAGUGUGCAAGAUAGUGAGGGAAAAUGGUGCCAUACCAGCAACAGUUGCAGUCUUUGAUGGUUGUGUUCAUGUUGGUAUUUCAAUGGAAAAUCUUGAGAAAUUAGCCAAAAACAAGGAAUCUGUAAAGACAUCAAGAAGAGACUUUCCUUACGUACUUAGCAAGGGUAUGAUGGGAGGAACAACAGUAGCAGGCACCAUGAUUGCAGCCGAGAAGGCUGGCAUUGACGUUUUUGUUACUGGAGGCAUUGGGGGAGUUCACAGAGGAGCACAGACAACAUUUGAUGUCAGUGCUGACCUGACAGAGUUAGGACGAACACCUGUGGCUGUUGUAUGUGCUGGUGCCAAAUCUAUUCUGGACAUCCAACUGACCCUGGAAUACCUGGAAACCCAAGGUGUUACCGUGGCGACAUAUGGCAACACAAAAGAUUUUCCUUCUUUCUUCACAUCUAAAAGUGGAUUUGAGUCUUCCUGUUUUGUACAAACUCCAAUAGAAGCAGCAAAAUUGAUAGAUUGUAGCAAGUCAUUUGGUCUUCAGAAAGGCAUGGUCAUUGCAGUACCCAUACCUGAGGAAGAAGCCGGUGAAGGGUCACUUAUUGAGCAAGCAAUUCAACAAGCACUGAAUGAAGCAAGCUCAACAGGUAUCAUCGGCAAAGACAUUACCCCUUUCGUUCUCAAGAGACUCAAUGAACUGACCGAAGGAAAGUCUGUCCAAGCCAACUUUUCUCUCGUAAAAAAUAAUGCAAGAGUUGGGAGUCAAAUUGCCGUCGAACUCUCUAAACUCAGGCAAGGAAGAAAAAGUAUGUCGCCAGCAACGACACAGGGAUCUGUUAGUUUGCCUACAGACGGGCAACUGCAUUUCAAAAACGAUGUGACUAAGCCUAGCAAAAGGGUAUCGAAUGACGAGACUAAUGGUAGUGAACGACGUGGACGACCAGUUGUUAUAGGAGGCUCCAAUGUCGAUUUUAUAGCGACAGCCAAAACAAUUAUUCCUGAAGCAUCCAAUCCAGGCAAGGUGCGAAUGAGUUUUGGUGGUGUUGGUCGGAACAUUGCUGAGGCCUUAUCUCGAUUAAAGAUGAAGCCAUUAUUCAUCUCUGCUGUUGGCGAGGACCCUUUGGGCGCUAUGUUGCUUGACCAUUGUCGGGAAGUAAAUAUAUCCACAGGUGGGAUUCAAACUUUCAGCACAUGUCAAACAGGAACCUACUCUACUAUACUGAGUAACGAAGGCGACUUUAACGUAGCAGUUGGUGAUAUGGAUAUACAUCAAAAGUUAACACCACAUUUGAUUUUAAGCUUCGAGGAGUCCAUAAAGAAUGCCCCUCUAGUGAUUGUCGACGCUAACAGUAAAGAAGAGAGCUUAGAUUUUGUGAUUCAGCUCUGCACACAACAUAAAGUACCAGUCUGGUUUGAGCCCACGUGUAUGAUGAAAUCAGCUCUACCAUUCCAGUCAUCUGCGUGGCAGAACAUCACGUACGCCUCGCCCAACGUGCACGAACUUCGUAGCAUGAGCGACACUGUUGUUCAGUACCACAAGGCACCGCGACAUCGAAAAGCCGAAAAAUUACGAAACCGGGAAAAAUCCCUUGAGGAUGCGAUAGAAGAAUGUAUAUUGCUCUCCCAGCCUCUCAUGACUCAUAUUCAUUGUCUCGUUAUAACCCUGGGAAAAAAUGGCGUCCUCGUUUGUCGGAAUACUGCCGCUGACCACCGGUUUCCGACGGCUCAGUUUUCAGAAAUGCUCACCAUGUAUCAUGAGCUCGUAUCAGUGGUUCACUUUCCUGUUCCUGAAGUAAAGGACAUCGUCAACGUCACAGGAGCAGGCGACAGUCUUGCUGCCGCUAUAAUCAUGGCUAUCAUAAGAGGUUACCAACCAGAGAUCUGCAUAAAACUUGGCCUCAAAGCUGCAAUUCAUUCCUUGCAUUCCCAAGACGCCGUUUCUCAGUCCCUUACUCCUGAUAAUUUUACCGCGGAUUUAGUUAAAGACUGGACCGAGUUAACUCACAGGGAAAUAGAUAUCCGCGACUUACUUUAAAAUAAUGAUCGAAAAUAAUCCUGAAAUAUGUAAAAGUAGUAAAAAAUUUUUCCCCUUUUGUAAUCAAUGCCUUUAGAAGAAAAUGGAAGGCCGCCAUCUUGGUUUGUUGAUGUCACGAAACAAGCGAGUAACCAAUCAAAAUUUGUCUGUUAAAAACAACCUAGAUUGCUGCCUGAAUAUCAGAAAAUGUGAAAAUUUAACAAUGAAAACAAGAAUAGAUCAGUGUUUUUUGA